GAGGCCAAGCUUCGCAGUGAAGACAUCUCGACGACUACAACACACUGCAUGUGAGCUAGACUGUCUUCUAGAAGGGCGCUGAGAAGCCGCUAUUUCUAGCGCGCUCAUGCAGCGAAACUCUACCUGACUUCUGGGCCCUAAGGGAGAUGUGUAGCCUCUAAAGUUAGAGAGCGAGUCAGGAUUAGGUGGGAGAGACUACUGCACGCACGAAUCGGGACGCAAACAAUUCCAUCAGAUUGAGCCACUUAUGCUCCGAAAACAGGCUUCCUCUUAUUUAAAUUUCUCGUACCCUCUUCAUGGCCCCUCGUUCCCUCCUUUCCAUUCAUCAACUCCAUUGUAUCUUCAUCACACAUAAUGCUUUUGGUCGUCAUCCAAAUUAUUCCCGCCCCCGCUCGAGCCCUUGGAUGGCUACUUUACUCUCUCUUCCUUUUGCUGACACUGUCCACACUUGCUUUGGGAUACUUGGGUUCUGCGAUCAUGUCGAUACCCCCAAAUGUGGACGAGCUUCUUCGGGAGUUGUCCUUGUUGUCUAGUAGUGGGAGCGGUUUGUUCAGCUUAUCCUUUCUUGUUGAAUUCUAUGUUAUAUCAUGUAGCGAGGGCUAAAAUCGCUUAUACUAGAUCUGAAUAUGGUGGUGACGAGCUAUGCUGGAGAUUCAGAACCCAUUAAUGCUGCGGCCGUCGGCGCCUGUGCUGAAUUCACCACAGGCUACCAUUUAGAUUCCGAGUCCCCGGCACUUGGGGGGUAUCUAGACUGGGGGGUAAUUGAUGCUGAUUGGUCCGGAUCGGCCAUCUUGGUCGAUCCGCAGAACUCGUGGGUGGAACCCAAUGCGGUUUCAAACCCAUUCGACGGGUGGUUGGAAUAUGGACUAAUCACUCGGGACACCUAUCCCGACGGGUACGCAGGGUAUAGCUGGGCAGUGUGAAGAGAGGGAUUUCGGACAUGCUUGAGGAGGAAUCCGAUGUCUUUCGGGAACAGGUUUAAAGGGAUGACAAUGAAGGUGAGACCAGAGGGUACUAGAUGUUGUAUGAUUUCCCGUGCUAACCGCUAUAUUUAGGCAUGUCUAGUGUGGGAGCGGGUGCCCUAGUGGAUAUACGAUGGGACAUAGAGGGGCAGUGGGACACAUUAGGGCAAAAGGUGGGUGUGGUGUUGGGGAUGGGGGUACUUGCGAUAGGGUUUUAUCCUGUAGGAUUUCGCACCAUCGAAUCUGCCUUUCUUUUCUUCCCUCUUUUUGUGACAUGAUGAAACCAGGUGAUUUUCCUGGGUGCCUCAGCUUGGAUUGAAACUUUUAUGGAUUAGAUGGGGGUAGGGUUGCUAAGGCGGAAAAGUUUCCAGUGGUGCUUAUUUUGACUUUGUAUGAUACGACAAAGAAUGUCUCUCGAAUUCCCAAAUCGGGCGGUAGAAAUGGGCUAGAGAAUAUCCCCCCACCACACAAUAGAGGGUUUGGGCGCACAGAUCUAGGUUGCACUCACAGGAGGUAACGACAAGGCUUGGCCAUCUAUGAUAGAUCCAUAACCCCGCCUCUAAUGGAGCCCCCUUGGUGCCAAAUUCCACCACACUCUAUCAUCAUCGGUGUAUUAGUUUACAGCUCCGCCCCUCGAAUACUCGGGCACAAUUUUGGGAGCGGUUACAAGGUAUUCAAGAAUUGGCUAUUGUAAGACCUCCCGAAAUC